AUGGCAGGUCUCCUCCAAGUAGUGAAGACCAUCCUAAUCCCCGCCCUAAUCUCUCUAUCCGUCUACCUCCUCCUCUCCCUCCUCAUCCUCCCCUUCAUCCGCCGCCACCGCCAACGCUACGCCCACUACCUCCCCCUCCACACAAUCACGGCACACACCUCCACCCUUCGCGAACGGAUCUCCGACGCCCUCAUGCGGUCGCUGCUACCAUCUUCGUGGAGGCUGAGGCAUAGCUUUGGUGGAAGCCAUGAUGGUGACGGGGGAAGCGUGUUUGAUCAGGAGGAGGGUGAGGAUAUGGUUGGGUUUGAGAUGGAUGUGGAGAGGAGGGAGGCGUUGGAGAGGAGGAGGGGUGAUGUCGUGGAUAGUCAGAGGAGGUUGAGCAGAGAUUUGGAGGAGGGCUUUAUGGAUGAUAGUGAUGAGGGGGACGAGGGGGAUGGGGAAGGGCAGCGGUGA